ACAUAAGUGGAGUCAAACCCGCUAUAACUAAACCAGUGACGGAACCCGCAUUGCAUCACAGAAUCAAUUCCUGGCCAGUGCACGCGCCCCAGGCUCUGCCGGCUUAAUUACUCCUUUACCUUUCAGCGCGUGCUGUGCACACUAAUCCGAACCGUUUAAGUGAUGCAUUAACACCGUCAAGUAUGUGUUAAGGAAAGCGCUCGCUUUUCUUUUCUUUUUUUUCUUUUUUUUUUUGAAGUUUAGCUUCCAGUCUGAGGCAAAUUCAAAGACGAGCGAGAGGCAUCAGCAACAGGGCACUGACAAUUCACCGGCGUGGACAAUUAUACAGAAAGUAUCUCGAUCAUCAAUCGAGCAAUUGGUACCGAACAUCACUGACGUCAUUACUGGAUAUUGAUUGCGUUGCUCUAAUUGUGUGGGGAUUUCUUAACAUUUUUGCGUCAUUAAAUGGAGCGGCGUAGGUGACGUUUGGACUGUUGCGUUCGAGAGGAGCUCUUACUCAAGACUAAAAGCCGGCGCGGAAAAAUAUGUAUGGACGCUACACACAGGAGUUGGGGGCCUAUGCCAAAGAAGAGGCAGCUCGUCUGCGUGAGGAUGGAGCGCUGCGGAGGACCACCAGUGUGCGCGGCCAGGCUCCAGAACUGCUGGAGUAUGAGAAGAAUCCAUGUGCCAAGUGUCAAGUCUGUACAUCACGGUGUAAGAAGUUCCUGAUUUCCCGUGUGGGUGAAGACUGGAUCUUCCUCAUCCUCCUGGGGCUUCUCAUGGCAUUGGUCAGCUGGGCUAUGGACUACACUAUUGCCUUCUGCCAGCAAGCACAGAAGUGGAUGUAUGGUGGUCUGCACAGUAACAUUCUGCUGCAAUACCUGGCCUGGGUCACCUAUCCAGUAGUUCUCAUCACCUUCUCUGCCGGCUUCACACAGAUACUGGCGCCACAGGCAGUGGGCUCUGGGAUCCCAGAGAUGAAGACCAUCCUCCGAGGUGUUGUGCUGAAAGAGUACCUCACUUUCAAAACCUUUGUUGCCAAAGUGAUUGGCUUAACUUGUGCCCUUGGAAGUGGCAUGCCUCUGGGCAAAGAGGGACCAUUUGUUCAUGUUGCCAGUCUGUGUGCUGCUCUGUUGAGCAAAUUCAUGGCCUUGUUUGGAGGAAUCUACAUGCUGAAGGAAGAGCCCUUUGAGGGAAACAAGAAUGAGCUGAGAAACACAGAGAUGCUGUCAGCCGCCUGUGCCGUGGGGGUGGGCUGUUGCUUUGCGGCCCCUAUUGGAGGAGUGCUGUUUAGUAUUGAGGUCACAUCUACGUUCUUUGCCGUGAGGAACUACUGGAGAGGAUUCUUCGCUGCAACCUUCAGUGCCUUUAUCUUCAGGGUGCUGGCAGUGUGGAAUAACGAUGAGGAGACGAUCACAGCUCUCUUUAAAACACGCUUUCGCCUGGACUUUCCGUUUGACCUACAAGAGCUUCCAGCUUUUGCUGUGCUCGGAAUUGCCAGUGGUUUUGGAGGGGCGUUGUUUGUGUACCUGAACAGGAUCAUAGUGGAGUCCAUGAGAAAACAGAAAACCAUCAACAAGUUUUUGCUAAAAAAAAGACUAGUGUAUCCGGCAGUGGUCACUCUUCUUAUCUCUACACUCACCUUUCCUCCAGGGUUUGGACAGUUCAUGGCAGGCCAGCUUACUCAACAUGAGUCUCUAGUGGCACUGUUUGACAACCUGACCUGGUACAAGCAAGGUGUUGCGGAGGAGUUUGCGUACUCAAGUCACGUACCUCAGGCCUGGAAGCACCCACAAGUCAGUGUGUUCAUCACACUCCUCCUCUUCAUUGUCAUGAAGUUCUGGAUGUCAGCUGUGGCCACAACAAUGCCUGUGCCUUGUGGGGCUUUCAUGCCGGUUUUCCUCAUUGGGGCUGCAUUCGGUCGACUGGUCGGCGAGAGUAUGGCCGCUGUCUUCCCCGAAGGGAUACACGCCGACAACACUGUAUAUCCCAUAGUUCCCGGCGGAUACGCAGUUGUUGGGGCGGCGGCUCUUUCUGGCGCAGUCACUCACACCGUGUCCACCGCCGUCAUUGUGUUCGAACUGACCGGUCAAAUCUCGCACAUCCUGCCCGUGAUGAUCGCUGUGAUAUUGGCCAAUGCCGUGGCUCAGAGUCUACAGCCUUCCCUCUAUGAUUCCAUCAUCCGGAUCCAGAAACUUCCCUACCUGCCAGAGCUGGGCUGGGGACAGGAAAAAUAUAAUAUCCGCGUAGAGGACAUAAUGGUGAGAGACGUGCGGUAUAUCACGCUCUCCUCCUCUUACCGGGAUCUGCAGGAAGCUCUCGUAACAGGCCAGCUUAAAACCCUGGCCCUGGUGGAGUCCAAAGAGUCCAUGAUCCUGCUGGGUUCUAUAGAGCGCUCCCAGCUACAGUCGCUGCUCUCGCUGCAGCUCGGCCGAGCUCGCAGGCUGGACUUCUUGAGAGAACGUGCUCAGGACAACGGCACCCAUGUGCCCACCUUCCCCCAAGACUCUCCCCCCAAGACUGGGCAUGGCGUACGUUUCCUGAUCUCCACUGAAGAGUCCUCAUACAGCCCCACGCUGACUAACUCCCAGAUCCCCCUCAAGUCUGCUCUGAAGACGGUGUCUGCAAUCAGCAACACAGAGUCACUGAACAGCUCUCCAAAUCUCUCCUCUGGGGAACCUGUGAAGGAGCUAGUAGAGAGUAAUGCUGGCCCCAAGGCUCAUAAGAGGAGCAGGAGGCCCAAGCGUGUGAAGAUACCCAUGAUGGAUACACCUGAUGUAGAAGAUGACAUGUCAACAGCAGAGAUAACAGAGUGGGAGGAGCAACAGUUGGAUGAGGCUAUUAAUUUCAACAACUGUAAAAUAGACCCCGCCCCCUUUCAGCUGGUGGAACGGACAUCUUUGCAUAAGACACACACCAUUUUCUCACUACUUGGCCUGGAUCAUGCCUAUGUCACCAGCACCGGACGUCUAGUAGGCGUUGUCUCUUUGAAGGAGCUGCGUAAGGCCAUCGAGGGCUCUGUAACUGUGACCGGAGUGAAAGUCCGUCCCCCGCUGGCCAGCUUUCGCGACAGCGGCAACAGCAGCAGCGUCUCGGAGGUCACAGAGCUCCACAAGUUCUGGAGUCGUCACAAGAGCCUGUCACUGCCACGGGAACCCAACCUCCCCGACCUGGAAGACCAAACGGAGCAGCCGUCUGAGGCCAGCUUUGUGAAUGAGACGGAGUGCACAGAGCUGUCCAGUCAGAACAGUCCCUCACACACAGACGACCAAUCAGAGCUGCCCUACACCGAUGCUACGCCCCAAGAGGAGCAGCUACCGCAGCUCCCCUGUGACUGUACCCUCCCGAUGGAGGACGGAGACUCGGAGGCGGUCAGCGAGCAGUGCCCAGCUCCCAAUGAGGAAGCGGUGAAAGAGGGAGACCCCCCACCGCCAGCCGGUCAGCCGGAAUGACAGCUGCUUGCGGUUGGUAACGCACACUCCAUUUACACCAUAAGCGGGAUUGUGAAGUCAGGUUGAGGAGAACCUGGAGGGAGUCUUUAAGCAGUGAAGCACACUCUCUGCUCCGUACCAAUCAAACCAACCCCAAUCGCUGGUCCUGCCUUCACACGAAACACGCCGUGUGUGUUUGUAUGUGUGGGGUGCCAUAGAUACGCGCUGCAGUUUGAGUGCCGUGUGGCUUUGGAUAUGUUCGGGACUCAUGAGCGAUUGUUCGUACGCGUGUCUUCGUCAUAAAUUUGCGUGUUUGUUCGUUUAUGGCUUUGUGGGACAUUUCUGUUUGUGUCUGUGAGUUGAUUUAAUUUGGUGAGAUUAAUUUAAAUCAGUUUAUGUUCGAUAAUGUCAA